AUGGAGGGAACUAGCAUUUCCUUGAUCAAUGCAGAGACGAAGGUCAAAGUCAGCUCAACGCUCGAUAAAUCUGUCGGAAAGAAAUAUCUCACGGACGGAAGUCCGGAGACUUGCUGGACGUCGCAACAAGGAACGCCUCAGUACAUCCAGUUCAACUUCCCAGGCCCAGUGAUUCCAAAGCAAGUAUCAAUCACUUUUCAAGGAGGAUUCGUAGGGACGAGAUGCGUCGUUGAAGUGCCGGAGGACCCAGCCAUAGUACAAAGUAGCUGGAAGACCUUCACUGAAAUAUUUUCGGAAGACGUCAACCGCAAGCAAACAUUUGAUUUGACUCAUGUCGUUCCAGUACAAGGCAUCCAGGCCCUGCGUUUCGUUUUCCAGGAGAGCUCUGAUUUCUUUGGUAGGAUCACUGUGUAUGAUGUGCAGAUAACAGGGAGUGUAUUAUCAUAG